AUGAUGAUUGAACCAUUAUUUUAUAGGAAAGAAGUUUUGUCGUUAUAUCGUCGCAUAUUCCGAAUAGCGCGACAUUGGCAUGAACUAACCAUGGGAGAUGCCGAUACAGAGAGUCAGUACAUACGCAAUGAGGCGCGCAGGUUGUUUCGAAGAUACAAGAAUGUGAGUUGCUCUUGGUUUUCCCGUUUAGGUGAAGUGAACACUGUUAUAACAGCUGAUAACGUACUUACAAGCAUAGUAAUAUAAAUGAUAUUUGAGCACAACAGUAGGACAUGCCAGAUAGGCUGUUUUAUAUAAUGAGUUUGUGUCAUGUUACAGGGGACCCCCCCAAUUUUUUUUUUUCAUCAGUCAUUGAAAAUACUUCAAAGCUCACAUGUCCUUACAUUUCAGAACAGUUUGUUUGUUCUUUGGCAGUUUUAGGAUUCCAAAGGAUGUUUUUAAUGUAGUAACUCUGUAAAAAGCAGCUGACAUUUUUUGUGUGCGUUCUUUUUCGGCCAGUAAUUUGACUGUUUCAUCUUCACUAUUAAAGCAUUUUAAAAUCUUCCAUCAUCAGGCAGAGCUGUUCCAGCCUUUGUUUCCAGGCCUCUUUGCACUAUCCAAGUGAGCAUAGGAGGCUUGGAACCUGCAUAAUAGCAAAUUCUUUCGAUAAGCUUGAUGGGUGAUGUCACUUCCCAAUGUGUUGAGGAUGACUGGGACAAGGGUGGAGUUGCCCCCAUUUGUUGCAUGCCGUCAUUCAUCUAAUAAAAUUGUUGGCUGUUUGAGUACUACAAUCCAAAUAUUAGCCAAUGAUGCAACCUCAGACUGUCCAACCUUUUGAGUAUAUAAAAUCGGGAUAUUUUUUAAUAAUCGAGGAAUCACACGAGCGCGGAAGGGGUGGGCCACUAGGGGGGGUCUAAGGGUAAUCUUCCCACGUAAAAUUUUGCAGAAAUCUUGGUCCUCUAAAAUGCCAUUUUUAGUGUUCUGAGAGGAAUAUUUUUGUUUAAAAUUAUGUUCGCUAAAUUUUGUCAUUUUGAUGCUUUUUUUUUUGCAUGGCCUCAUGUACAAUUACUCAAUUUAUUUUAUGUUUUGUAUGGCUUUUAAAGUUUUCUGGAUGUCAGUGUGAGUCAAGUAUACUCUAUUAUAUGUUCUUGUAUAAUUCUCAAAAGAAUUCCCUUGAAAAUAUCACAGCAAAGUUAUGUCAAAAUUGGGAUUUUUCCUAUCCCACUCGCAUAUUCGGGAUUUUCGAGCAAAAUUGGGAGGAUCCCAACGAGAACAGGGUGGUUGGACAGUCUGCGGCCUUCCAGUUCUUCUAACUUCCUUUGAAUUGGCCAGUCCAAUCAAUGUUUGUUUGUUUCUUUGGCCCUUUUUUCCUUUUGAUGUUUCACAAGACUGUAUACAUGCAAACUGAGCAUCAAAAUCAUCUUCAAAUGCUUAAUGUAUUUUUUCACACUUUAUAAUGACUUUGAGUCAUUUUUGAUGUUUCAUUUUGGAACAAGGGUCUUAAUACUGUUUUACUGUAUUUGCAGAUUACUCAACCUGUAGAAAUAGAACUACGUAUUUUCGAGGCAACUGCUCGAAUUGAAAUUGGUAUGAGGCUUUUUAAAACAAAUUUUUUAAAUACGGUUCCACCUCCCAGAAAUGUGACAAGAAGUUUUGAUUUUGUAGUGCUUUGACUGAGAAUGAAUAACUGAAUUUGCUACAUUAUUUUAAACUGGGUGUGAGUGGUGGACUAUGAUCCCUCAUGAGGCUACUGAUUAGAUAGAUCUAAAGUUUACCACUGAUAAUCAUUAUCAUAUUUAUAUGCAAUUUUUUUUCUAAAAGACUACCUUAUGAGCAUUCAACAGGGUACAUAUACCUACCAUGUAAAAAUAAAAAUCAAGCAUUGUGAAAUAACUUCUGAUACUCAGCAUUAAUUCAGUUUCUUUGCCAGGAAGCAUUUAAACCUUUCCAAAAUUUUAAAGUAGCAUUUCGUGUCAUCACUUCUACCUUAUUAUUCACUGUCAAAUGAUGAUCAAAUUAAUUUAAUUUUAAACUAGAGUUUUUCUGUUUUACAUUAUUUCAGCACUUGAUUUUGGAACACCUUAUCUUGAUGUUUUGACAUCGGUAAGCCUUGUUAGUUCAGAUUAUGUUACUUUCAUACCAUUGCAAUCAUUUAUAUUUAUUCAAUGUCAAAAAAGAAACUCCACUUUCUCUUAAGAUAUUUAACAAUUAGCCUGCGUGCAAACCCUCCGGGGCACUCUGGCAGAGGGGGUUGGGGUGUGGGGAAGGAAGGAGAGCUUGCAACUAUGUCUCUUGAAUUUGAAUAUCUGCAUUGAAAAAGUUGGUGCUAGCAAACAUUUGUGAGUUAGAAUUAUCCAUGUCUGCAAAACAAAGGGAAAGAAUUUGCUAGUGGUCUCACCAGUUUGCUAGUGGAAAAAAAUCGUACUUGCAAAACUUUGCAAGUGCACUAAAAAGUUAACUUUGAGCCCUGAUAGUUGCAAUUUCUCCUUCCUUUUCCCGCCCUGUCACCAGAGCACCUCAGAGAGCUUGCUCGCGGGCCAAUUAGCAAUAUAACUAGAAGUUUCAACGUGAAAGUGAGUGCUGGCAAGGGGAAAGCGGUCAUUGGGAUAGAGGAGAGGUACGCAAAAAAUCUGGUCAGUUUAAGAAUCCUGGGGUAGUCUCUCUUAUUUAAAAAAAACUGGAGGUGCUUGGAGGGUGGUGUGUGGUUGUCUUGGCCAGACAACUUGACAUACAAUUAUUACUGUUUGCUGUCAGCAGUUAUUCUCUGAUGGAGCUUUCAAGGAGCAAAUCAUCUCCAUGAAGCAAGAUGGAAUCAAUUUCUUCACACCUCCAUUAGUGAAUUGGCCGCAACUGGUGGCUUAGUAAGGCAGACAAAUUCAUGAAAACCUCAUGUCAUCCUCAAGAUUCAUCACUAAAAUGAUUGUCACCUAUAUGAAUACUUCCCUGCAUUAUCAGAAACUUGUUGGCAAUCAAUAAAGGACCCUCACCUUUCUGGGAAAGUUUUCUUUACUAAAGAAAUGUUGGUUAAGGCUUACCAGGUCCCUAUUCUGCUACCCUUCUACCAGCUUUAAGCAGAAUAACCAUGGUAUUACUAUGACUUUCGAUUGCAAUUUGUCGGGGAAAACUUUUGGGUGCAGCUUAUACAUGGGUGUGACGUAUAAGAAUGUGGGUAAAUUCAGUACGUUUUAUCGUAAUAACCUUUCUUAUUGGUUAGGGAUUGAUAUGGCAAGGCGGGAGAAACUCUGACUUGUUAUUGGUACUUAGUAGUGGUCAUGUUUAAUGGAAAAUAUUUUGCCAUAGGAAUUUAGCCAGCUUCCUCGAAUGUCAAACAGGAGCCACUUGAUGAUGUCUUUGGUAAGCUAUCAGUUUACCAGGAAGUUUCCAACUUUGAGGGAAAUUGAAUUGAAUGUUGAUAAGAUCAUUGCGGUUAUAGAUGCAAUAUUGAUGUGCAGUUGGGAAAACCCUUAAAAAAUUCAGUCUUUUAUGGGAUUUGAACUUAACUUUAACGUAUUCACAACUGAAAUGUCCAUAACCACCUGUGUGAAUCCACAUCCCUUUUGCUGCUUGUUGUAUCAUUAAAACCAAACCCAAAUGGGCAUGAUUCAGACAAAAAGGCAAGAGAAAAAUGCAAAAUAAACAAUCAGGGACAGGGAUGUAAAGUCGACCUGGAAAUUUCAAUGAAAAGUUUGUACCACAAUCCACAUGUGCAUCCUUCAAAAUAACUUCAUCAUCUUUGGUUUUUUUGUUGAAACUUUUUCAACCAAAAUGAAGGCUAGUAAAUGGCCAGAUAAAAUAGAACAAGACCUAAAAUUGGGAAGAAGAGUUAGGUAUGUGUUUGUUGCAAUCAGGUUUUACUAUAAUAAUAAAACCCCUUAUUAUAACAGACACACCCAAAUCUUCUUCACCAGGGUGGAGAAGUUUGACCAACGAUCAGUACAUGUAAGCACUCCUUUCUCAGCAGUUAGUGAUCACUUCUUUUCUUUCUGUUCUAGGUGCAGUCAAAAGAAUACCACCGUGAGCGCCUAAAGAAGCUUGCUCGCCUGGGCUUAGUGCAAGAAUGA